AUGGAUAUUGCCAUCCAGCACCCCUGGUUCAGACGUGCCCUGGGCUCUGUCUACCCUGCCCGGCUCUUUGACCAGUUUUUUGGAGAGGGCAUGUUUGACUACGACCUCUUUCCCUACACCGCCUCCACCAUCAGCCCCUAUUACAGACAGUCAGUGUUCCGCAACUUUUUGGAUUCUUCAAACUCCGGCAUCUCUGAGGUGAGGUCUGACAGGGAUAAGUUUACGGUUUACCUGGACGUCAAGCACUUCGCUCCUGAUGAGCUCAGUGUAAAGGUCACUGACGACUACGUGGAAAUCCAGGGCAAGCAUGGAGAAAGACAGGACGACCAUGGUUACAUAUCUCGCGAGUUCCACCGCCGCUACCGCCUCCCCUCCAGUGUUGACCAGACAUCGAUCACCUGCUCUCUGUCAGCUGAAGGUCUGCUGACUCUGACCGGGCCAAAGGUCACCGCCGGAAGCGAAUCCGGUCGCAGCGAGCGCAGCAUCCCUGUCACCCGUGACGACAAGCCCAACGCUGCUGCGUCCUCUUAG